AUACAAGCCCAAUGCGCCAUCAUAAUGUUUGAUGUAACAUCAAGAGUUACUUACAAGAACGUGCCUAACUGGCAUAGAGAUCUGGUGCGAGUGUGUGAGAACAUCCCCAUUGUGUUGUGUGGCAACAAAGUGGACAUCAAGGACAGGAAAGUGAAGGCAAAGUCUAUUGUCUUCCACCGGAAGAAGAACCUCCAGUACUACGACAUUUCUGCCAAAAGUAACUACAACUUUGAGAAGCCCUUCCUCUGGCUCGCUAGAAAGCUCAUUGGAGACCCUAACUUGGAGUUUGUCGCCAUGCCUGCUCUUGCCCCACCGGAGGUGGUCAUGGAUCCAGCCUUGGCCGCGCAGUACGAGCAUGACCUGGAGGUUGCUCAGACCACCGCUCUCCCGGAUGAGGAUGACGACCUGUGAGAAGGCGAAGCUGGAGCCGGCGUCAGAAGUCUAGUUUUAUAGGCAACUGUCCUGUGAUGUCAGCGGUGCCGCGCGUGUGCCACUUUAUUAUCUAGCUAAGCAGAACAUGUGCUUCAUCUUUGGGAUGCUGAAGGAGAUGAAUGGGCUUCAGAAUGAAUGUGGCAGUUAAAUACCUUCAUUUUUUGGACUUGCAUACUUAGCUGUUUGGAAAGCAGUUGUUUCCUUCUUGAGUUUCAAAGACAAGACUGCUACAGUCACAUCACAAUAUCCAGUGGUGAAACCUUGUUUGUUACUGUCAUUCCCAUUCCCUUCGUUUAGAAUCAGAAUAAAGUUGUAUUUCAAGUACCUAA